CGUUGCGGUCUCUCUCUCUCUCUCUCUCUCUCUCGCUGUCUGCUAUUAACAUUUUCUCAUUUGUGGAGGACGCAGAAAAAUUCAAACACAGACUUCCUCCCCUCUUCCUCCCUUCUCAUUUACAGCCAAAAAAUUUUAGGGUUUUUGUGUUAUUUCUACAGUUUCAGAUCUGCUCGUCAAUUUUUAGUUUCAUUCCUUUUUACACCCCACGGAUCUCUUUAUUUCUCUUCGAUAACAUCUCUGGGUUUGAAUUGAGAUUGGAUUUGUUCGGAUUGCAGAAUUUUGGUGGAUUGGAGUCGAUAUUUACAGGAUUCAUUUUUCAUGUUCUGCUUUGGGUUCGACUUUUCUCCAUACUUCCGUGUUAAAUAGAUCUUGAAAAUUGGCUCCGCAAAAGCGCUCGCAGCGCCACAUGGGUGGCCAGAUGCAGCAGAGCAAUGCUGCUGCGGCGACCGCUCUAUAUGAUCAUGCCGGCGGUGGGCCUAUGCACAAUGCAGGCCCCGUAAGCGAUGCCGGCGAUGCGGUCAUGGCACGGUGGCUCCAGUCUGCGGGCUUACAGCAUCUGGCCUCUCCCUUGGCUUCAACAGGCAUCGAUCAGCGCCUCCUCCCUAAUCUCCUAAUGCAGGGUUACGGAGCACAAUCUGCUGAAGAGAAGCAGAGGCUUUUCAAGCUAAUGAGAAACCUCAACUUCAAUGGAGAAUCAGGUUCUGAGUCUUAUACACCAACUGCCCAAACUUCAGCUGGUAUGGCUGUAUCAGAUGGUUUUUAUUCUCCUGACUUUAGGGGUGAUUUUGGAGCUGGCCUUUUAGAUCUUCAUGCUAUGGAUGAUACAGAGCUUCUAUCUGAGCAUGUCAUCUCAGAAACAUUCGAGCCAUCACCAUUUAUGCAUGGUGGCUCAAAAGGAUUUGACGACGAUGCAACUAGUGUUAAACAGCAAAGAGAGCAAAAUGAUCCAGAUCAAUCUGUUCCAUCUGCUAUUAUUGAAAAAGAGAACAGUAAUAGGGAAAAUAAUGUGGCAAAAAUUAAAGUUGUGGUACGCAAAAGACCACUUAACAAGAAGGAAAUUGCUCGGAAGGAAGAUGAUAUUGUAACUGUAUCCGACAAUGCUUUAACUGUUCAUGAACCUAAGCUAAAGGUGGACUUGACUGCAUAUGUUGAGAAGCAUGAGUUUUGUUUUGAUGCUGUUCUGGAUCAGCAUGUCACCAAUGAUGAGGUGUAUCGUGUCACUGUGGAGCCAAUUAUUCCCACCAUUUUCCAGCGAACAAAAGCUACAUGUUUUGCAUAUGGUCAGACAGGUAGUGGUAAGACAUUCACCAUGCAACCAUUGCCUCUAAGAGCUGCUGACGACCUUGUUAGGUUGUUGCACCAGCCAGUUUAUCGAAAUCAGAGGUUCAGACUGUGGCUCAGCUUUUUUGAAAUAUAUGGUGGAAAACUCUUUGAUCUUCUCAGUGAAAGAAAGAAACUUUGCAUGCGAGAAGAUGGACGACAACAAGUUUGUAUUGUUGGACUGCAAGAAUUUGAAGUUUCUGAUGUACAGAUUGUUAAGGAAUAUAUUGAGAAGGGAAAUGCAGCAAGAAGUACGGGAUCUACUGGUGCCAAUGAGGAAUCUUCAAGGUCACAUGCUAUCUUACAGCUUGCUGUUAAGAAGCACAGCGAGGCAAAAGACUCCCGGAGGAAUAAUGAUGGGAAUGAGUCUAAAAGUGGAAAAGUGAUUGGGAAAAUUUCUUUUAUUGAUCUUGCUGGUAGUGAACGAGGUGCUGACACCACAGAUAAUGACCGACAAACAAGGAUUGAAGGUGCUGAAAUUAAUAAGAGCCUUUUGGCCCUUAAGGAAUGCAUUCGUGCUCUGGACAAUGACCAAAUUCAUAUACCGUUUCGUGGGAGCAAACUGACAGAAGUACUCCGUGACUCUUUUGUUGGAAACUCUAGAACGGUUAUGAUCUCUUGUAUUUCUCCAAAUGCAGGCUCAUGUGAACAUACACUAAAUACUUUGAGAUAUGCAGAUCGAGUUAAAAGUCUUUCAAAAAGUGGAAAUCCAAGAAAGGAUCAGAAUGCAAAUUCAUUACCUCCAACUAACAAGGAUGUAUCAUCAGCAUCAUCUUUGCCCAUUUUUUCUGAUGUAGAUGAUGUUUAUGAACAACAACAAGAGGUGAAGGCAGUGGACACAGGUAGAAGAGUGGUAGAAAAAGAAACAUUUUCUUACAACCCUACUACUGAUUUUGACAAACAUUCCCCAAGUUUUACUUCAAGUUAUCCCUUGAAUGGACUAGAUGAAAGUGGAUCUUCUGGCUUAGUGGAUAAGGAGUGGAUUGAAAUUAAUAAUUCUUAUGGUGGUUCUACAAGCCAAAAAGUCCAUUCGUCAUAUUUUCAAAACUCAGUGGAUACAGAAGAGAAAAUGCAAAAGGUGUCACCGCCCCCUAGAAAAGGAUCUAGGGAGGAAAAGUUGGAAAAUUUGGGUAACUGGUUGAAAAAAGACAACGGUGGUUCUGAUCUCCCCUCCACAAACAGCAGGCAUCAGAGCACUGGAAACUAUACUGCUAAUAAUACUGGAUCGCGACAUUAUGAUCCUGAUCCUCCUUCAGAUGGGAAUAUCAAUGCAAUACUUGAGGAGGAAGAGGCCUUAAUCAAGGCUCAUAGAAAAGAAAUAGAGGAUACAAUGGAGAUUGUUCGUGAGGAAAUGAAACUGCUGGCAGAAGUUGAACAACCAGGCAGUCUCAUAGAUAGCUAUGUGACCCAGUUAAGCUUUGUGCUCUCACGCAAGGCAGCAGGUCUGGUUAGUCUUCAAGCUCGGCUGGCUAGGUUCCAGCAUCGACUUAAAGAACAAGAGAUACUUAGUCGGAAGAGAGUUCCUCGUUAAUGCAGGCACUGUCUUCUUCAGCAAUGGGAUCUUAUCCUGUCUUUUGCAAGGUAGGGAACCGUUUUUAGGUUUAACAAGGAUCCGAUGCACUACAUAUCAAUAGUAUCAAGGGCAAAUGUUGCUGUUCACAUCCAGGCUUUCUUGCUUUUAGAGCGGUGGUGGGGCGCAUUACUGGUGGUUGGUUUGUUAAAUGUAUCAUUCAGAUGCAUCUGAUGCGUUGUAACUGAUUCGUUGGUUUGUGGCCUCGGAAAGUUGUCAAAGAUGAUUGGGAAACAAUUCUCUUUUAGGAAAGAAAGGGAAAAAUAAAAAUGUGAAAUAUAUAUAUAUAUAUGGCGUUGUGAAAUCAUUUUUCUUGUUACUUGUCAA